UUCUAUGCAUCUCUGUCAAAUUUCAGGCUUGUGUCAUUUUUAAAUUUAAUGUAUUCUGAAAAGAAGUGUAGAAUGAUGGUUUCCUGAACUCUUGGUAUCUCCUGAACAUUUUUUCUAGUAGAUACUUAGGAUGAAGAUGUCUGAUUCGUUCGAAUGAUAUGUCCAAUGAAUCAACCGGUUGGAAAAACGCAAUCAUUCAAUUCGUUGCUGGAGGGGGUGCAGGUUUCGUUGAGGUAGCCUUAAUGCACCCUCUGGACCUGGUCAAAACAAGGAUGCAACUGCAGAAAGGCCCUAUAAAGAAAAACGAUCCAAACUAUUACACUGGGAUACUGGAUUGUUUUCAAAAGCUUCAGAAACAAGAAGGCACCCUCUCUUUCUGGAAGGGUCUUCUGCCACCUCUGAUUGUUGAAACUCCAACGAAAUCGAUUAGAUUCACUUCGUUUCAUUUUUAUAAGAGGAUGUUUGCUGGAGAAAGAAAGCCAGGCUUGCUGACCCACAUGGCGAGUGGCUUCUGCGCUGGCAUCACAGAAUCAUUUGUUAUUUGUCCCUUCGAGGUGGUCAAAGUUACCCAGCAGGCCAACAGAGGUCACAUAUCCCAUACCCCUUCUUCAUGGGAGAUGGCUAGGGUGAUCAUCAAAGAGGACGGUGUCCUCGGAAAAAGAGGUAUAUACAGGGGCUUGGGAGCCACCGCCCACCGUCACAGCGUGUUUUGUGCCGUCUACUUGGGUCUUUUCUACACUGCAAGAGGUAACAUCCAACCUUCAGGGUACCGAUGGAAGGACACUUUCGUCACGUUGGUGCUAGGAGUUGCUACAGGUGCUUUCGCAUGUUUCUUCAACACUCCUUUCGACGUGGUCAAGUCUAGGAUACAGGCACCCCAGACAAAGAAUAUCAAAUAUAGCAACACUUGGCAGUCUAUCAAUACGAUUUACAAUGAGGAAGGGUUUCCUGCACUGUAUAAAGGCCUCUCAGCCAAGGUGUUAAGAUUAGGUCCAGGGGGUGCUAUAAUGAUUCUUGUGUUCGAAUUUGUACAAAAUUUCUUGUCGAGGGUAUUUAUUAAAUAAAAUAAAUGAAACAACCAAUA